CCAGCCCUUCAAAGAGGAAGUCCAAAAUAGACUCUGAGAGCGAGUGGAAGAGCAGCUAUUCCUCCAGCAAGACCUCCUUCAGCAAAGGCAAAGUCUCCCUGCUGAGCAGCAAGUACGCCAUCUCCUGGGGCCAAUUCUCCAUCUCCUGGAGCAGAAGCACGCUAACGUUGGGGAAGAGCGGAGUCGCCGUGGGCAAAACCUCGGUCACGCGAGGUGAGACCACCAGCUCCAUCACCACGCUGACCUUCACCCACGGGACCAAGUGCGCGUCUGUGGUCAGGACCACCCUCAGCAGGGGCGACAAGACCCACAGCCACGUCUACUGGAAUUACCGGCCAUGAAUCCAGCAAAUAACCCAGAAAAGCCAGCCUGGAGAUGUCCUUCUGAAUCCAGCAUGUAGUCACCCCCAAAAAAUCAAUCAAUCAAACAAUAAAACCUGGACACGCCGCUGUGGUCUGUCGCUCUCAGGUCAGUCACGGCGCUCAGUUUGAGGGUGGAUCAGCAAGUCGAAGAAUCCGAUGUAAUCAAAGAAAUGUUUUUAAGCGUGGCUGAGGAACGUGUGAAAUGACGAGACUGCGCUUGAAUGGACAACUUUCAAUGUAGACUUUUCUCUUUAGCUUUGAAGCAUAUGCGAUGGAUGAUGUGGCUCUGCUCGGCUCUGCUCGGCUCGGCGACGCCUCCAAACGUGGAAUGACUUGCCAAUGGAUAAUAAUAAAAUCCAUUUCAAGGAAAGACAUUUGUUGCAAACGUUGGAAACAAUGGUGCAGAACAAAGUGACGUCCCCGCCAGAUUGUACCCCGCCACCCCUGGCAACAAUGUUCCCGGUGUCACCGAGACAAUCGGGCGAGUGUCUGGAGCGUCAGCGCCUGCCCCUGCCCCUCGCCAAAGGCACUUUCCAACCUACCAGCCGCCUCUGUCCAUUCACGGCGACUCCCGAGUGGUAUGCGGCCUUCCCGAGCCCACGUCCAGAAGCUCAACGAAGGCUUUAUGCCGCUCCGGGCUCUCUGGGCAUUCCGCUGGGCUCCGGAUCGCCGCUGGCGUUACUGCUGCGUCUGAGGGGCUUGCGGAGCGGCCGUUUGAGCUGGAUGAGCGUGCCGCGCUCGACGCCGACUGACCACCUCAAUGGGCAACACCAGCUUCACCGAGGGCAAGACGGCCCUGACGCUGGGCAACACCAGCAUCAAGCGGGGCAAGAGCAAGCUGGCCCUGGGCAACUCGUCCAUCUCUCGGGGCAAGAGCACCACCUCGCUGGGCUCCUCCACCAUUACCAGCGGCAAGACCAAGAUCUCCUUGGGCGGCGCUUCCUUCAGCCGGGGAAGCACCACCACCUCCUUUCGGAAAGCCAUCUUCCCCAAACGCAAAACGCUCUAGGCGGGGAGGGGGAACCUUGUUCCGACACCUGCGGCGGACCUUCUCCGACGGGACACAAAAACUGGAUUCAAUUCACUUUGGGGGCUUUGACUCUUUUCUGGACCACAUUGGAUGAGUCAAACAGCAGCAGCAGCAGCAGCAGACGAUGAUGAUGAUGAUGAAGCAGGGCCCACUCAUCAGGUGGACUGUCUGAGGAGACGUCCAAGAGAAUUAAUGGCUGAUGAAUAAUUCAAGAAGUUUGGGCCAAAGCCAAAAUGGAAAGUCUAACUGGGGUCGUCUGUCCCCCUUUGGCCCAUCUUACGGUAGCGUGUCUCGGCAAGUGUUUGGCUGUCGGUGGACGUGCGGAAAUACGAGGUGGUCAGGAGCAAUGUUUCGUAGGAUGAAGGAGAACGAAGAACCUUUGGAAGCCCUCGGCAUCUUUAAAUCAUACACCGGAGAGGGGAGAAAUCAGGACACGACUAUUCCAGACAAGCGGGAGAGAUGAAGAAGAAUGGAAAAAUUUGAAGAAGCUUCAAGUCGAUUUAAAUCAGAAACUGGAGUGGGGGGGGGACAGAGCACAACUACUACAUUAGAUCGAUUCCCACUCAAAGUCAGAAGAGAAGAUGUGAAUAGGUCAUGAUGUUUCUAAAUUGGGGUCUUGAUUGAUCAUGCUAGGAUUCAGGGAACAGCUGAGAAGAAACAAUUGCGGAAAAAAAACAUGCUGUGACUCGUGCUACAUUUCACAAAUUGCCUGGUGAUGGAUUUGAUGACAUUUUUCUACAUUUCACUGUCUGAUGGGCAUUUGUUUUUCUCCCUGCUGUCCCCUCUUUGGUCUCCCCGCUGUGGUUUUCUUCCUAGGUUCACCGAGUCCCUCGCCGCCACCGACGCCGUAAACAAAGCAUCCAAAACGUCUUGUUAAAAGUUGCGUGAACGACCACCUGACCGGUUGCUAGCUAGCGGGCAACAGCAGCAGAGCCCACUGGCAGUGUACAUCAAUUCUUCUCAACAUGACGUCUUUCGUGGCUUAUGAUGGCCUAAUAACGACUUUAUGGUUUAGGUUUGGUUUGGUUUUCCCUCAAUUGACUUAUUUUAGCGGUUAACCGUAAGGGCACUUGUUAGAGCUACACCCCAAAAAAAAAGAAGCUAGUUGCACUGAGGCCGUUCAUUGAACAAAA